ACGAAGCAACCAGUUUGGACGCGAGCUCGAGCAGCGUGAGAUACAGCUGUCAGCAGGUUGCUACAACUUCGAGCGAGGGUCACAACACGGAAGGGAAACUACAGCGUAACAUAUUGAUUUAUUUUUGUUUGUUUCACUGAUGCAGGCACGUUGUUAAGCGCUUAGUGUGUAUUCAGCGUGCCUCCGGUCUUCUCUCCGGCUGACCAAUGCUUCUGCAUCAGUUCACCAACGGAGCCCUGGACGUCAUGCAUCCCACACCGCUUCAGAAAGACACUACUUUUACCAAAAUCUUUGUCGGCGGGCUGCCGUACCACACGAACGAUGCCUCACUGAGAAAAUACUUCGAGGCCUUUGGGGACAUUGACGAGGCUGUGGUGAUAACGGACAGACAGACCGGUAAAUCCAGAGGAUACGGCUUUGUGACGAUGACAGAUCGAGGAGCAGCAGAGAGGGCCUGCAAGGAUCCCAACCCCAUAAUUGAUGGCAGGAAGGCCAAUGUGAACCUGGCCUACCUGGGUGCCAAACCCCGCAGCAUACAGACAGGCAUAUCCAUCGGAGUGCAGCCCAUUCACCCAGCACUCAUCCAGAGGCAGUAUGGGUUGGCCCAGCCAUACAUCUACCCACAAGCCUAUGUGCAGCCCAGCCUGGUGCUGCCCACUCAGGUUUCCACCUCCGUCAGCAGCAACCCCUUCAUGGACUACAGCGCAGCCUACACCCAGUACGCCCAGGCAGCCUUCGAGCAGCAGUACCCGUACGCUGCCUCUCCUGCUGGCUUUCUAGGAUACAGCUACGCCACCAGCCCCACAGCCACCGCCGGGCCAGCUGCCGCCGCCACAGCUCCAGCCACCGUCCACCCCACCCUCCCCUCCGCCGCCGGCCCGGCCCAGGCCUUCCUGCACUACGCCCCGCAGCAGCACAUCCAGCCGGACCGUAUGCAGUGAGCCUGUGAGGGUAGCGGAGAUGAAGGAGCAGUACAGGCGGAGGAGGAGGAUGAGGAGGGAGUGGUGGUUGUGAACUUUUGGAUAGAGAAUGGCAAAACGCCCGACAGGGUGACCCGGCUAUCGUCAGCAGGGGCUUUCAGGAAAAAGGGUGGGACUAUUGCACUAUACGAUCAGGAUGAGCCGUUUGCUCGUUGGUUAAAGGGUAAAGGGGUUGGGAGGGGUUGGAGGACUGUCGAGGUUCAGGUUGGGAAGCUAAGCAGCAUAAAGUAUGUGGUCGCUUCCAAGGGCUUCCAGAAGCUGACACUUCAUUUUUUAUUAUUGUUAUUAUUAUUAUUAUUUUUAUCGUCAUUUAUUAUUGUAUUAAUGUCAUUGUCAAUGUUUAUUUGUAUGCCAUUAUUAUCAAUGUUAUCAUGUUUUUGGCUCAAUCAGUGUAAGUUAUGUGUGUCCAUGGUACAUAUUGAUGAUAGGAGAUCUGUCACACCUCUUUCCUCCCGACUCCAGAGUAUCUGGGGCGGAUAUGAAGGGCACUGCUGCUUUAGGACACUGGGGGACAGUCAGAUGUGGGAUACAGGGGUGAAGACAGGGUGGUGAUUUGGGGAGGCGUACAGCCAGCCUCUCAGCCUAUCUGUGGUCCCAUCCUGGUACCAUCAACAGUGAGGCGGAGCACUGACUGCCCCACGAACAAGCCUCCAGCGUUCAACUCCACAUAGGAGGACGAUGAGAGAUUUCACCUCAAGGACAAAAUGGAAAGACAUGACAGUGGGAUCUCCAUUGUUUUGAGACUGCGAUGUCAGGACUACACGUUUUUUUAAUUCUUAUUAAUUAAAGAGGCCUUAAUAAA